AGAGAGGGACAGGAAGUGCACUUUGCCCUUCCGGUUUGCGCCGGAGAGUUCAGCAACCCGGAAGUGACGCUACCCGGUUGCACAUGGCCGCGUCCCGUAAGGAUGCCGCUCGUAGUGUUUUGCGGGCUGCCAUACAGCGGCAAGAGCCGGCGGGCGGAGGAGCUCCGUGGGGCGUUAGCGGCCGAGGGCCACGCGGUGUAUGUAGUGGAUGACGCGUUGGUGCUGGGUACGGAGGACGCGACGGUGUAUGGCGAUUCGGCCCGUGAGAAGGCGUUGCGCGGGGCCUUGCGAGCCGCAGUGGAGCGGCGCCUCAGUCGCCACGAUGUAGUCAUCCUCGACUCGCUUAACUACAUCAAGGGCUUCCGCUACGAGCUCUACUGCCUGGCGCGGGCGGCGCGCACUCCGCUCUGUCUGGUAUAUUGCGUACGGCCGGGCGGUCUAAGCGGGGGACCUCGGGUGGCUGAUGCGGUGGACCACCGAGGCCUGAACCUCAGUGUGAGUUGGAGGCCGCGUACUGAGGAAAGAGGGAGACCUCUGGCGGUGGGCACCCCUGUCCUCAGGGAACCACAAGCAGUGGACUCUGUAGCAAGUGGGAGAACCCAAGCAGUUGUACCUAAGGAACUGGAGCCGGAGGAAACCGGGGUGCCAGAUCUUCCAGCUCCUGUGACUUCAGAAUUUGAUACAUGUGAAAAGCGUAUGGUCAGUACCUUUUACUCUCCUGAACUUAUGGAGGCCCUAACGCUGCGCUUUGAGGCUCCCGACUCUCGGAACCGCUGGGACCGGCCCCUGUUCACCUUGGUGGGCUUAGAGGAGCCAUUACCCCUGGCAGAGAUACGGGCUGCCUUGUUUGAGAACCAGGCUCCCCCACCCCAUCAGUCUACACAGUCCCAGCCCCUUGCCUCCGGCAGCUUUCUGCACCAGUUGGAUCAGGUCACCAGCCAGGUGUUGGCAGGACUGAUGGAAGCUCAGAAGCGCGCGGUCCCUGGAGACUUGCUUAAGCUUCCUGGCACCACGGAGCACCUGCAGUUUACCCGGCCUUUGACCAUGGCAGAACUGAGUCGCCUCCGUCGCCAGUUUAUUUCCUACACUAAAAUGCAUCCCAACAAUGAGAACCUGCCUCAGCUGGCCAACAUGUUUCUGCAGUAUCUGAGCCAGAGCCUGCACUAAACAGAGGAGGUGUGGGGGGAAAGCCCUGGCUCCUUGUCUAACCUCCACUGCUCUCUGUGUUUCUUGAUAAAGUAAUCUGAAGGUCUACAGAGCAUGUUGAUGUGUCGUACUACAGCUUUUGUGACUGAUUUUACUCACAUUUUCCUCUGAGUGCCUCUGUUGUGACAGGCCUUGAGUUACAGCAUAAAUUGAGACUAGAGAAAAUGGAGAACUGGCUUGGAGGAUCUUGGCAAAUUUCUCCAGGGACAGAGCUCAGGUGGACAGGAUUUGUUUAGAUUGGGUUCUGCCUGUGGUGUCACGCACCCAGGAUUUCCCCCAUCUGAAUUGUAGGAGAGCAGACUGGAUGGAUGAAUUUUUUUUUAAACAAUUGUGAGUGGAAACUGAAGAUGAGACAGUUCUGCAUCUGCACUGGCCUUUCUUUCAUACCACAGUUUUUAAAGUACUGUGUCUGCUUUUUGCUAGUCUGUCCUGGGGCCAGGGGUCACCGAUAAAUCCACUGGUUUCUGUCCUUGGGAAGCUUUGGUUCUAGUGGAAGCAAAAGACAUAACUUAGAGUUUACAUCUAAUAAAAUCUUUUAGAAGAAA